UGUAUGGAAAUUUGUAAAUUAUAAUCUGUGCAUAAUGGCGGUUUUCGGCUUGUGUUUCUUGUACUAAGUCGCGGAUGUUUGGUUAUAAUUUUUUGUGGUGAAUCGUUGAUUUUAUUAAAUAAUUGCAAUGCGUCGUAGGAGUGAUAAAGGAGCUACCAAAAAGGCAAAAGCAUCGCCUGAAAAAAAAGAAAAGGAAAAACCAGAAAAAUUGAAACGUACCAGAAGUAGACGUAGAAAACAAUCAUCUUCAUCUGAAAAUGAGCCUGUCGAAGAAAGCGUUUCCAAACAAAUAAACGAAGUUUCUGAACCUGUUACAGAAGCAGUCCCCCCGGUCGUUGCAAAGGAAGAGAGUCCAGAACAGUCUCAAGAGCAAGUAUGGCAGGUAAAAGCUGCUGAUACUUCUGAUGGGGGCGAGAUACAAAAACUUAAAAUAUGUCUCACUCGUCCACCAUCCACUCCUGAAAGAGUUGACAGGUCUCCACGUAGCAAGAGAAAGCAUUCGCGCGCUACUAGUUCUAGUGAUACGCCUAGUGUUGAAAGUGAAGAAAAAAAGAAACCGAAACAUCGUACUAGAAGGUUUACAGCAGAAGCAAAAGAUUCUCUAGAAAAAAGUUCAUCUGUUCAUAGUGAUGAGAUGGAGAAUGAGAGUCAAGCACAACCUUCAACAAAAUCCGAUUCUGAUAUAAGUCAAAGUAAUGAAUCAAAAGAAACAAAGGAAACUACAUCAUAUGAGACACCAAUGUCAACAACAAAUGAUGAUAAAGAUGAAAAAACUGAAACAUCAGAAACAGUUAAAAGUGAAUCAUUAAAUCAGGAUAAGGAUGAACAGGAUAAAAUAUCUGAUGCAGAUACAACUGUAGCUUCUCCUAAACAGCAAGAGGAGGUAACUGCUUCUCCAGAGAAGAAAAGUCCUAUAAGGAAACGGAGCUCCUCACUUGAGAAAUCUGAAGUACUGGAAUUACAUGCUGAGGAUAGUAGGUGUGAAUCAUCUGACUUUAAUGAACCUCAGGAAGAAGACUCUAAGGACACAAGUGUGAAGCCAAAGGACGAAGAGAUCACAGAAGAUUCUAAUAAGGUAAGUAUUAAUGAACCAGAAAAUGAAGUUUCAGGGAAAACUGAGUCUACUACUGAGGUUCAAACUACUGAUACUAAAAAUGAUGUUGUAGAGGUAAGCAAUGAGGAAACAAAAAAAGAAUCUGUCAACACACAGGAGAUGUCCAGUGAAGCAACGGAAGUUGAGGAUAAUCAACAGCAUACAUCAGGUGAGGGCAAUGAAGAGCCUAACAAUGUAGAGAAACCAAGUAAUAUACAGGAAAUUGAAGAAAACAAAACAGAAAGCAAAAAUAAAGAAGAGAUUCAAAAAGAAACAGAAGUUGCUAAGCCCUCUGAAGAAAUUUCUAAUGGCCAGGCAACAUCUAUAGUGAUAAACAGAAAGCGGCGAUGGGGGUCUCGCCCCAGUAAACUUACAACCCAAAAGUCUUUAACAAUAUCAACUGACAUUCUGAAAGAAAUAAUACCAGAUGUGAAACCAGCAGAAUUUGAAGAAGUUAUUGAAGAGAGGAAACAUAAAAGAAUUGAAGUUCCCGAAAGAAUUGAGAGACCAGUAUUGCCUAAAAUUGUAAUUGACAACACAGAAAAUGUGGAGCGAAAUAAAAAAGAGUCUGAUGAUAAGGACAAGGAGAAUUCUGGAGAGAAAAAGUCAUCAGAUUCACAAUUAGUUUCAUCAAGGAAAAUAUCGAUUGUAAAGGACAAUGACAGCAUUAUUGCUCGACCACCGAGUCCUCCCAGGCAUAAGCAAUCAAACAUUUUGUUCAUAACAAAUCUGGUCAGACCAUUCACAUUACCACAGCUCAAGAACUUGCUACAAAGAACUGGAAGGAUAUCUGAAAAUGGCUUUUGGAUUGAUAGAAUCAAGUCAAAAUGUUUUGUUAUAUAUGAGAAUGAGGAUCAAGCUGUGGAAACAAGACAUGCUCUACAUGGGGUAACUUGGCCAGUAUCAAAUCCUAAAACAUUACAAGUUGAUUUUUCUACUCAAGAGGAAUUUGAUAAAGCAAAGGCCAAUGAAGAUACAGAUAAUGCUAAAGCGUCCACAAUCCCAGGAACAGUAGAAGAUUGGCUUCGGGAACAAGAUAUGAAAAGAGAAAAAGGAGAAAUUGUUUCUGACCGCCCAUGGGAACGAAAAGUGGCAACACGCGAAUGGGAUCUUGGCAAAAACGAUAAGAGCAAGGAAAAGGACAAGUUCCCAAGAGAAGAACGGCCACUAGAGAAAAGAAGACCCCAUCGCUCCCCCGAAAGAAGUCCAGAACCAGCACGGAAGUUCAAAAAGAAGGAAGAGGAAGCGCCAGCGAAACUUUUGGAUGAUUUGUUUAGAAAAACGAAGGCUACUCCUUGCAUUUAUUGGCUACCACUUUCUGCUGAAACGAUUGCAGUGAAAGAGGAGCAACGUAGACAACACAUGGCCGAAUUUGAGCGACGAAAGCAGGAGCGUCGCCAGCAUCGCAGACACUAUAUCGCCGACCGUUGGGAGCUGCGGGAGAUGCCCGUUGGCCGACAGUGCCGCGUCGCUGCAGCUGUCAUGUGUUGUUUCAUUCUGCAGCUCGAAGGAUCGAUUCAGAUUAUGUAUCAGGUUUAUGGAGCAGUUGCGUUGACGGCAUAUUACCGUCAACCACUGUGUUGUGAUUUCAAAAUGAUAGGUAUAUGGUGCUUCUGUGUGGCGCUGCUGGCAUCCGCAGCAGCACAAAACCCAUUUACCCUUGAAGAAUUUGUCACUGGACAAUUCUCCCAGAGAGGAUUCACGGGUAGAUGGAUUUCUGACACGGAAUUUACCUUCACGAUACCAGGGGAGGCCGGUAUCAAUGUUUUUGAUGUGCCCACUUUGCAAAGCAGGGUGCUUGUAUCUGGAGAGCUUAUGGGUUUUCUGAACACAAGCAACCCAAUAUUAUCAGCGGAUAGACAGUACAUUUUAGCUCCCAGCGAGGUUGAAUCUGUAUAUCGUUAUUCAACGACAGCGCGCUAUGCACUCUAUGAAAUUGCCACAGGCAAUGUUACUAACAUAGCGAACCACCAACGUCUCCAAUUAUGUAUUUACGGAGGUGGUCACUCACUUGCGUACGUGCUUGAUAAUAAUUUGUAUUAUCUUCCUGAAAACUCAAACCAACCCAUCCAGAUUACCACUGAUGGUAUCCCCGGAGUUAUUUAUAAUGGCCAUACUGAUUGGGUGUAUGAAGAGGAUGUUAUGUACACAGGUCAAGCCACAUGGUUCUCUCCAGAUGGAAGAUACUUAGCGUUUGCGAGCUUCAACGAUACGCUCGUAGAAACUUAUUCUUACUACUACUAUGAGGACAAAAGUGAUCCAGAAGAUUUGUAUCCAGAAUUAGUUGAUCUUAAAUAUCCCAAGGUCGGUCGCACUAAUCCAACGGUGACGCUUCGUGUUGUUGACUUGAGUGUGAUUCAGAAUAAUGUAAAUUACAUUGUAAUGGAGGCGCCAGGAGAAGUGACUGAUGACCAUAUUCUGGGCGGUGUGACUUGGCCCACAGCAACAGAAAUCGCAGCUCAUUGGUUGAACAGGCGUCAGAAUCAGACUGUACUUAGGAUUUGCAACGUUCAGACAUUAGUUUGUGAGAAUGAGCACAGAGAGCAACCAAACGGUUGGGUGCCCAUUGCAUUACCUCGAUUCAGCAGCAAAGGCGACUACUACGUAUCCACCCGAUGGUCGCUACAACAAGCAGAUGGCAAGGCGUGGCAACACUUAUAUGUCACUAUGCGUGUUAACGGCACUUUUGUGUCUAGUUCUGUGACUCCGGGUGCAAGGACCAUCAACUCUUUUGUCGGUCUCGAUGAAGAUAAUUUGGCGUUCUACUACACAAGUACGGUGGAAGGUAAGCCCUGGCAGUCCGGGGUGCACAUAGCGGGCUCUAGGAUAGGUUGUCUGAGCUGCGAUAUAGAGCUCCCGGAUAAAGGCCCGUGCACAUGGGCCACGGCUACCGCCAGCCAACGCGGCACGUACUUGACCAUCACUUGCAGUUCCACUAACGAACCGUCUGCUACUUAUAUCUAUGAUCCCUUGAACAGAAAAAUUCUGUACACUUGGGAAACAAAUGAAAUCGUCCGUGAGCGUCUAAAGACUAAGAUUAAGCCAGUAACGCUUAUAACAACGGUGCCGCUGCAGAAUGGUCACCCCGCUCCUGUAAGACUAUUCCUGCCUCCAGGACUCGAUCAGAAUGGUACCACGAAAUAUCCCCUAGUGUACUACGUGUAUUCUGGACCUAAUACUAACACGGUUUUCGAAACUUUCACCGUCGGUUACCACUCAUACUUGACCACGAAUCGCAACACAAUCUACAUGUUGGCCGACGGUCGCGGGGCUGGACUCAACGGACAGGACAUUUUGUAUUCCCUCAAUAAUGCUCUCGGAACCGUUGAAAUUGAGGACCAUUCUGUAAUUUUAAAACAGGUUCUAAGCCGCUACCAAUUCAUAGACCCCGAAAAGGUGGCUAUUUGGGGCCACAGUUACGGUGGUUACGCGACCCUUCUAACUCUGCUGCAUGAUGAUGAGCAUCUAUUCAAAUGUGGGGUCUCUGGUGCUCCUGUCACUUCGUGGUUAUACUACAAUACAAUGUACACAGAGCGGUACAUGGGUCUACCAACCGUGGACGACAAUCUAGCUGGCUACGAGCGCGGUGACGUCACACUCCUAGCGGAUAAACUCCGCGGGCACGACUUCUAUCUGAUGCAUGGAAAUGCGGACGAUAACGUACAUUAUCAAAACGCUGCGAAACUCAUGAAGGCAUUGCAAGAAAAGGAUAUACCUUUUGAACAAAUGUCGUAUCCAGAUGAAGCCCACAGUUUGGUAGGUGUCAACAUGCACAGAUACAACACAAUGAACCGUUACUGGGAGAAAUGCAUACAAGUCCCCGGUGAAAUAGGGGCGUAAUUUUAAUAUUUAAACAUUAAAUAAAUUUUUACACAUUAAUAAAACAGUUUUGUUAUA